AACAACACCCAGUGAGUCUGUGACCUCAGACCCGCGGAGAAAUGUCUCUGACACCUUACUUCAAUCUCUACACAUCGCCCAAAAAUGCUUCUCCCUCCAGAGUUUUGAUGACGCAGCAAUCCUCCGGUGACCGGAACAGUUCUCCGGCGGAGGAGUUCGCUCCGUUGGCGGAGAAAUUCAACCGGCGUCUUCUUCUAGGCGUUGGAUCAGCCUCCGCGCUCGCCAUCGGCGCCAAUUUCGGAGGAAUCACGAGCUUCGUCCUUGGUUUGUCGCCGGAAAGUGGCCGGAAUCUGAAACUCGACGUCGUUUAUCCGAUCGGAGGAUAUAGUCGGUGUAUCGACACGGAUGAAGGAUUCGAAUUUGUAUAUCCGGCGACAUGGGUGGGAGACCAGACGUUGUUAUACAGAGCAGCGGAGGAUAUAGAACGGAAAAUCUCGUUGGACCCUCCUCCGACGAGUAACCGUCGCCGGAAAAAUGUAAACGAACCGGUUGUCGCAUUUGGACCGCCCGGUUCGACCGGAGAGCUCAACGUCAGUGUUAUCGUCUCCCCUGUUUCACCAAACUUCUCGAUUGAAGCAUUUGGAGGGCCGAAGGAAGUAGGAGAAGCAAUAGUGCGUACAGUGACAGGAUCUGGACAGAGAAAGGGAACAUUAUUGGAAUCGAAACUGAGAGAAGAUCUAAAGAGAAACGUCAAGUACUAUGAACUCGAGUUCAAAGUCGAGUCACCGUCGCUCAAACGGCACAACAUCGCCGUCUGCUGCGUUCGUGGUGGUCGGCUUUACACGUUGAAUGCUCAGUCGCCCGAGUCUGAUUGGUCAGAUGUGAGACCUGCGUUAUAUACGAUCGCUAGCUCCUUCAAUCUCAUCUCUUGAAUGUGAAAGUGAAAAGAAUGAAUAUGGAACACAUCAAUAGAUUUUAUUCUAAAUUGUUUAA